AUGGGGUUUUCUCAUUUUGAUAAAAAUUCUGGAAACAACCUUUUGUUUUCAACGAAUUGUGUGGGUAAUCAGUCUUCUAUGCCUCCAAUCUUGCCUUUGGUAUCCCAAUCGAUUCAUUUUCCCCAAAAUUCUCAAGAUCCAGGUAAUUCUCACAGAUCUUCAAACCCUCAGAUUUCUCGAUCUUCUUCUCUUCCUCAAAUUAACUUUCUUGGUCAAGAUUCAUCGGGGAUUCAGUAUCCUUUCAUGAUUCAGAGUUCUAUGGUUCCCCAAACCUCUUUAGAUUCUCACCUGUCUGUUCCUAGAGAGUCUUCAAUCGCGAAUGUCCCUUUGGCUGAUUCUGGUAACUCAUCUCUGGGAAAUGGACACGAUGGAAAUGCUUGUAGGAAGAAGAGAAUUGAGAAAGGGGAUGAGGAGAAUGGAAAUGUUCAGAAUGUUGAGGUAAAUCUGCAGAAAGAGGUUAAUGUUCAGAGUGGAGUGAAUCAUGUGGUGGUUAAUAUUGCUGAUAAGGGGAAAUGA